AUGAAAAACUUGUUGAAAGAGUUUGUUGAGGCUCAAGACCAACUGAGUGUACCUGUAUCAGUCCACAUCCCUGCAAGUCAAGCAUGGCAGCCACCACAAGGAGAGUUCUUCAAGCUGAAUUUUGAUGGAGCCAGUUUUGAUAAUGGUGCGACUUCGGGAUAUGGUGCUGUUAUUCGCAAUAGGAAUGGUGAAGUUAUGGCUGCUGUAUCUGCCAAGGGAGGUGCUAUGAGGGAUAGUGAAGAAUUGGAGGUGAUGGCUUGUCACAAAGCUUUGGAAUUUGCUAUAGACGCUGGUUUUAUGGAGGUGAUACUAGAAGGUGAUAAUGCCCUGGUUAUGAAGACAGUUUCACAGGCUCAACCAAACUUCUCUCGGCUUGGAUUGAUCUAUGAAGAUAUUUGGUGCUUGGUUGCAGGUUUUAGAUCCAUCUCAAGUAGCUGUGUUAGGCGUAGUGCCAAUGGUGUUGCUCAUGCUUUGGCAAAAUUUGCUAGGUUAUCUGAUAAUGAUAUUGUAUGGAUGGAGGAGGAUCCUCCCCCUGCUAUGGAUGCUCUGUAUUUGGAUUCUAGUCUUUUGAUUUAA